AUGAGUUCAUCAGGUACUACGUCAUGGGUUGACCGCGUCGUAUCCUCGACUACGUGGGACAAAAGAUAUCCACAUGAUGACUUGCAUUUUGCUCCCAAUCUAAAGCCCAAGCCGUCGAAGAUAUUGGGGACUCCAUCUAGCUCCCAGAUUCUGUUUCUAGAUGUCAGGAUCAUUGACUCCACCGGGCGUGAGCCCUACAGUGGAGACGUCUUGGUCCAGGGUGAGCGACUCGCCGCCGUGGGUAAGGUGCCUAACGUGGAAGAACUUCGCAAAGACGACCGGGUUCGAGUUAUUCAUGGCAAAGGACGCACCCUCAUGUCUGGUCUCGGAGACGCACACACUCAUCUGACGUGGAACAACAACGCGUUAGAGCUUCUGGGUGAUGUUGGUGUCGAAGAACACACUUUAAUCACUGCUAAGUCAGCGCUCAGUUAUAUUGAUGCGGGAUAUACCAUGUGCUACGGAGCUGCAUCGGCCAAGAACAGAUUAGACUGUGUGAUCCGCGAUGCGAUCAAUUCAGGUCAGCUCUCUGGCCCGAGACUCCUCGCCAACGCUAUGGAGAUUGCAAAGCGCGGUGCCGAAUUGGCAUCUGGUAUCACUGCAUUCGCCGAUGGACCACUAGAGAUGCGUGAAAUAGUUCGACAUCAUUCAAAACUAGGCGUGGAUCAAAUCAAAUUGAGCAUGUCCGGUGAGGCGAUAAUGGAAUCUCGGUCUGCUGAAGAAAGCUACUUUACCGAUGAAGAAACAGCUGCUUGCGUUGAUGAAGCACAUCGGCAUGGACUGCGCGUUUGCUCUCAUGCACGCGCUCGAGAAUCCAUUAUCCAAUGUGUGAAGCACGGCGUAGAUGUUAUUUACCACGCAUCAUACAUUGACGACGAAGGCAUGGAUUUGUUGGAAAAGGCGAAGCACAAGCACGUCGUGGCUCCGGCUCUCAACUGGCUUUACACUACUGUUCACGAGGCUGCACCAUUCGGAUAUACCUUUGAUCAAGCGGAAAAAGUAGGGUAUAAGAAAGAACUCGAGAUCGCCGUUCGAGCCCUGAGGGAGAUGCGCCUACGCGGUAUUACAAUCCUUCCUGGAGGUGAUUAUGGCUUUGCCUGGUGCCCACAUGGAACUUAUGCGCGAGAUCUUGAUCACUUUGUUAAGCUGCUGGGAUUCUCCCCGAUGGAGUCGAUUAUUGCAGCAACUGCAGGUGUUGCGAAGCUUUUCAUGCAGGAAGAUGAGCUCGGCAAGGUUCUACCAGGUUACUAUGCAGACUGCCUUCUCGUUGACGGCGAUCCACUUCAAGAUAUCACCAUUCUACAGGAUCAUUCUAAGCUCAACGUAAUUAUGAUAAAUGGUAGGCUCCACAAAAUAUCGGCAUCUGAAUCUGUACCUCCGUCAACAGGCACUGUGUUGUCUACACAAUCCCGAAAGGAAAAGGAGUAUUUCAACUAUAUUUCCUAUGCAGAUAGUGACGGAAGGUCACGGAUCGGCCAUCUCGAUCUUAAUGAUGACAAAGUUUAUCCAUUGACGAUGGCAUCGGGCUCUCCCCUUGCAAAUAUGUAUGAAGUGAUCGAGCUUGGCGAGGAAGGGACUGUUCGUGGCACAGGAGAUCCUGUUCCUCUCAGUUCUGUGAAGCUCUUGCCUCCUCUCGCAGAAAGAGACGUUUUUUGCAUCGGCGUGAAUUACCGCAAGCAUGCCAAAGAGUAUCAAGCCAGCGGAUACAGCAGAAACAACGAAGAAAUUAAUGCACCACUCCCAGUGAUCUUCUCCAAGCGAAGCACUAGUAUAAUCGCUGCCGAUGAAGACAUAUUCCCUCACCCCAACUUCACGCAGACCAUCGACUAUGAAGGGGAAUUAGCAGUGAUUAUUGGCAAAGCAGGCUUUGGGGUUCCUGCGGAAAAGGCGAUGGAGUAUGUUUGGGGAUACACUAUUAUCAAUGAUGUUACUGCUAGAGAAAAACAAAAGGAUCACCAGCAGUUCUUCGUUGGGAAAUCCCCUGACACUUUUUGCCCAAUGGGCCCGUUGGCAGUGCCGGCAGCUGCGUUACCCCCGACGCUCCAGAUUCAGACAUAUGUGAACGGUGAAAAACGCCAAGAAGGAAGCACCGCCGACCUCAUCGCAGGUAUCCCUCGGCUUAUCGAAGUCCUGUCCAGUGGAAUGACUCUACAGUCCGGCGAUGUUAUCGCGACGGGGACUCCAGACGGUGUGGGAAUCGGUUUCCGUCCACCUAAGUUUCUUCGAUCUGGAGACAUUGUCGAAGUGGCCAUUCCGGGUCUUGGAAAGCAAUCUAAUCGGAUUGCCCAGCCGUCUUCUGAAAACCUUCACUUUAACAAGGCUCUCAGCAAGAGCAUAAUACCCAUACAUAAUCUGGGUCGGACGUGGGGAGGUGCAUCUUUGAGACGUAUUGGUAAAGAGAAAUAUAUCAAUGUUCGCGAACUUGGUCCAAAGGACACCAAGAAAAAUACUCUUGUCUUCAUUCACGGUCUCGGCGCUAGUCUGCAGUACUAUGCACCUUUGAUCCAAGCUGCAGGGCUGGAAGAAAGCGGACAUCGUAUUAUACUCUACGAUCUGGAAGGACACGGCCUGUCUCCCACCCGCGCAUCGAAAACAGCUACUUUGCAAACAUAUGCCGAGGAUCUAGAGUCAUUGCUGUUGGAUACAGGCGUUGAUAAAGCUACGGUUGUUGGCUGGUCCCUCGGUGGACUUAUUGCCAUGCAUUUUGCCGAAACACGCCCUUCAUUGGUCUCAAAACUUGUGCUGCUAGGUCCAGGAGGAUCCCCAUUGCCUGCUCCAGCUGUGGACCUAUUCAUACAGCGUGCUGCUCGGGUGAGAGAAGCUGGCAUGGAAGCCUCUGGUGUGGCACAGCAAACAUCAAUGGCAGCCACUUCGCAGCUGACUCGGUCAUCGCGGCCCUUAGCUCUAUCUGGGGUUCGACAAUAUCUCAUUUCCACCCACCCAGAAGGUUAUGCAAAAGGGUGUAUUGCGCUCGCUAAAUCACGAGAUACAGUGAUUGCUGUCGAGACUCUGCAAAUGCCGACAUUGAUUAUAGCAGGGCGUGACGACCAAAUUUCGCCACUGCCGUUGGUCGAGAAAUACCGAGACCGUCUACCGAACGGAAGACUGGAGAUUCUAGAUGGCGUAGGACAUUGGCAUGUCCUUGAGGAUUUAGAGGCAACAUCCAGGGUGAUUAAAGAAUUUGUUAACUAA